AUGGCUGACGAUAUUGUGUUUGAAUUAUUACAUUCGGAGAUUAUUAACUAUGCGCUAGAAAACUCUAGAAGUACCAACGGAAAUAAAGAGGUAGAUUUGUCUUUUGUAGAGUAUAUUGGCUUUGCAGCUGGUUAUAAAAUCAUGGAGAGACUCACUAGAGAGUGGCCAAGAUUUAAAGAUGAAUUGGAUACAAUGAAAUUCAUUUGCACAGAUUUUUGGACAUGUAUUUAUAAAAAGCAGAUUGAUAAUUUACGUACAAAUCAUCAAGGAGUUUAUGUACUACAAGAUAAUGCUUUUCGUUUCCUGACAACUUUUUCAAAUAGCCAUCAAUAUUUAGAAUUUGCACCCAGAUAUGUUGCCUAUACAUGUGGACUAAUAAGAGGAGGCCUAGCAAACUUAUGUAUCAACAGUGUAGUAACAGCAGAAGUUCAAACAAUGCCUUCUUGUAAAUUCCAUAUACAUGUACAAAGAACC